CCCCCAGACCCAACCAACCAAACCAACACCCCAAAAGUACAGCCCUGUAACCUACGUUCUACAACAUACUAGUGCUGAUAGCAGCCAAUGCAUUUCUAGUUCCUCCUCCAAUAGGGUCAACCGUUUGUGAGCACAAUCAAUCCAGUUUAGCCCCGACUUCCUGCAUUUCUUCCUCCUCCACUUCCCCGCCUCCGCGCCAUUAACGAUAGCAUUGUUCCGCCGAGUGCCGGAAACCUUCGUUGCACGCCUCCAAUUUUGAGACGGCUCAAAACGCCUUACAGCCAUGACCGCGCGCGUUUCGCUCGCCUUAGUAGCGACUAUCUCGGUUCUCGUGCUUCUCUCGACCGUCGAGCAAGUGCAGGCGAAGAAAGUAUAUGUGGGCGGGUACUUGAGGUACUCGCCGUGGGGCCCUCUGACACUCAAAUGGAAGUGCCCGCCCAUCAAAACGGGCGACCAGCUGAUUUUUGUCUGGCGACAGCGCUCGGACAUUGUUCAGUUCAUUAUUGACAUCACUGCUACACCAUUGGGUGCGCCAGCCCAGAACUGGGCCCAGUGCAAGACUAGCAAAGCCACAAGGGUCCUGGCGAAACCAUCGAGAUCGGGCGUCUUCGUCUACACUCUGACAGAUAAAGACCGUAACAAUCUCAUGUUUGCGAGCUCGGUGGGCAACAUGUGCAAGCGCGGGCAACGCUUCCAAUCACCGGUUCCAACGUGUUCUUCCAACGCCGGUGACCCAUGUGUUGGGUCUCCAUGAGUGCAUCAGACAACCACAAGAACCUUGGUAGUUGGUGUUUUUUGGGAGCAAGUUUCCUUGUGAUGCGUGAUGUUGAUCUUCAUGGGUUCUUCGUUGCCGUUUUGCCAGUUAUGUGGGUCUCCUAGCUGGGAGGGAAGGCUAUCUUGGUUUAAUUCCCUUUAGUGACUUUUAGGGUGUUUGUUAGUUACCAGUAUCAUAUUUUUAGAUAAAUUAAAUACUAACAUUGAGCAGGAAAUAGUGCGUCAAACAUAUAUUGUAUGUUUUUGUAGACUAUAUAGGGUUGUGCCUUAGGG